GUAUCUAUAGAUGUGAUUGUUCUUGGUGGAUCGCACAACUCUAUUUCAGUAUUUCAUCAGAUCUGAUUUUUUUUUUUUUUCUUUUCUUACGGCUUCGGAUUUACUACGAUCAAAGAUUCUCGGAUCGUCUGAUCGGGAAGCUUCAACCAGAGAGUCAAUAAAGAUUUUCUCAAUUCGAGCUUGAGGAAUAUGAGGGCGAUAUUUUGUGGCAACCUAGAGUAUGAUGCUCGCCAGUCAGAUGUUGAGCGACUUUUCAAAAGAUAUGGGAGAGUUGAUAGGGUGGAUAUGAAAUCUGGAUUUGCUUUUGUCUACAUGGAAGAUGAGCGAGAUGCUGAGGAUGCAAUUCGAAGACUGGACAGGAUUGAAUUUGGUAGAAAGGGCCACCGGCUUCGUAUUGAGUGGACUAAGCAAGAACGUGAUAUUAGAAGGCCUGGAAGCUCUAGAAGGCCUUCAGCUAAUACAAGACCCUCAAAAACAUUGUUCGUCAUUAAUUUUGACACGAUCCAUACUAGGACAAGGGACCUGGAGAAGCACUUUGAACCAUAUGGAAAAGUAUUAAAUGUGAGGAUCAGAAGGAAUUUUGCCUUCAUUCAUUACGAAACACAAGAAGAUGCUACCAGAGCAUUGGAUGCAACAAACUUGAGCAAGCUCAUGGACCGAGUUAUUUCAGUGGAAUAUGCAGUUCGAGACGAUGAUGACAGAAGAAAUGGAAACAGCCCAGAUAGGAGAGGGCGUGACAUGUCUCCACAGAGAAGAAGUUAUGAUCGGGGUGGGCGCUCUCCCAGUCCAUAUCAUAGAGAUAGGGGUAGCCCUGACUAUGGACAUGGAUCCAGACCCAAUGCCAGACCUGAACAGAGGGGAAGUACCCCUUAUGAUGGGGGAGAUAGCCCAGUCAAUGCGAGAGAUCUCAGUCGUUCACCUCCUCCAAGAGAAAGGUCUCGAUCCUGAGGAGUAGAAAGAGACUUCCAAGCAAUCGGUUUGUAAAACCUUUGUUUCUUCUUAUUUUCAACCUGUUUCUGUUUCUUCCAUGAACCUUGUUAGUAAACCGCGUAUUUGUAAUUUCGCUUAGCAAAGUCCAACGUUCUUGUGAUUUGUCUCUUGUUAGUGUUCUGUAACUGAGUCAGUUUUAUUAUUACGGAGUUCAAAGUGUGUAACUUCAAGUGCUGGUUAAGCCCUUGAUUUUGAACUGUGAAUGAAUGUUGCUGACUGAGUUGGAAUUCCUAAAAGUUUAAAACAUCAUUUAUUCCA